AUGGUAAGGUCUGAAGCAAAAAUGCUUCAAGUUGUCCCGCGCACUCUACGGAGUUCUCAGUUGUGCCUCAGUACUCAAGCUGUUCUUAUCACGCUACCAUCUCAACUUAACACUACGGUUUAUGACUAUGUGAUAGUAGGCGGUGAGAUGAAAUUGGCGCAGGAAAGUGGCACUGCUGGGCUUACCCUUGCAAGCCGUCUUACGGAGAACGUUUCCACGACUGUCAUUGUACUUGAGGCUGGAAUAAGUGACCAAAACUUCCCUGAUCUCCGGAUACCCUUUUUAGCGCCUACUAUGACCCCUAAUACACAAGUUGAUUGGAACACUACUACCCAGGCGCAGCCGGGAUUGAACAAUCGUGUAGUUCCGUAUAUCAGAGGCCAUGUAUUGGGAGGAUCAAGUAGCGUAAAUGAUUGGAAUAGACUUGCUUCGGUCUCUGGUGAUUCGGGUUGGGGAUGGACGAACAUGGAGCAAUAUGUCUUCAAGCAUGAAAAAUUAGUAGCACCAGCUGAUGGGCAUAGCACAGUGGGCCAAUGUGAUCCUGCUGAUCACGGAACAGACGGUCAAGUUUUCAUCAGUCUUCCAGGGAACAAUCGAACAAUAGACGAACGAAUUUUGGAAACCACUCAACAGUUGGCCGAGUUCCCGUUCAACGAAGAUACUGGAGGAGGAGAACAUAAUCUUCUUGGUGUGGGCUUUAUUCAAUCUACUAUAGGAUCAGCAGCUCGCAGUAGCUCUUCGACGGCUUAUCUAAAUUCCACCGUCAUUGGCAGGCCUAACUUGGUAGUCCUUGUUAAUGUUACGGCGACGGCGCUAAUUCAGUCAGGCAACUCAACAAACGGAUUGCCAUCAUUUCGAAGUGUACAUUAUACGGCCUCUCCCCCUCCAGGAAAUCUCACACUUGGUCAAAUACAAACUGUUACCGCGACCAAGGAGAUCGUUAUUUCUGCCGGAGCAAUCGGCACGCCGCAGCUGCUCAUGCUCUCAGGAAUUGGCAAUAGCACGGCGCUAAAUCAUUUACAGGUCACUUCAACAAUUAAUAAUCCUUCUGUUGGUGCCAACCUGAGUGAUCAUUUACUCAUCCCAAAUGUUUUCGAGGUAGAUGACACUGGCACGCUUGAUAUCAUAUUCAGAAAUGCAACUGCCGCCGCCGCUGCACUAACACAAUGGAGUGGAAAUAAGAGGGGUAUCUACUCAAACACUGUCGCCAGUUUUUACGGUUUCACAAGAUUCCCGUCAAAUGAUUCCAUCUUCGAGUCUACACCGGAUCCUUCUGCAGGGCAGAAUACUCCACAUUGGGAAAUUAUAUUCAGCCCAGGAACUCCAAUGCCAACGACGGGAAAUUUUCUGACAGUCGUCACUGUUCCAAGUACACCCACUUCUCGGGGAACCGUCACCCUACGAAGCAAUAAUCCGUAUGAACUGCCUAUUGUUGACCCGCAGUAUUUGACCACUGCCUUCGAUAUCUCUGCUGCGGCAGAGUCGGUUAAAGGAGCUCUCCGCUUCAUUUCUGCGCCUGCAUGGUCCCGCUAUGUCACUGGAAAUUUCAGUCAAGCACUUGCGACGGCAACAAAUGAUUCACUCAUAGAGGCAUACGUCCGUGGUAUUGCUGGAAGCGCGUUUCAUGGGGUUGGGACAGCUGCGAUGUCACCAGCGAAUGCAAAAACAGGAGUGGUGAAUGCAAAUCUGACACUAAAAGGCGUCGAUGGAGUCCGCAUUGUAGAUGCUUCCGUGUUUCCUUUCAUUCCAAGCUGCCAUACUCAAGGCUCUGUAUAUCUUCUCGCAGAAAGGGCUGCUGAUCUCAUCAAAGCCGCAAAUGAAUAG